AUGACCAAUGGCGUGUUCCAUGGACAGAGAAAACGCGGCUGGCGGCAAUGCCUAGCUGACAGUUAUGAGAAACAGUACGGACCUCUUGAUGACCCAGUCCCGACUUUCGGCGCCAAAUUGGUGACGUUUCCAUCGACGCCGACUCUUCCCAUGUGCUUCACUGGACCUGACCCCGAGUUCCUCGAGCGACUUGAUCGGCGUCUCUACGCUAUCGAAAAUGACCCAGUUCCCAAAUGUCUGCAGGGCCUGCGUUUCGUCGACCCCGAGGACGAGGAAUCAGCUGCCGUCCCCAUUAGCAUGAGCUGCUCCGACAACGACACCGACGAGGAACACCGUAGCCCCUUGCAGCGAAUGAUACGCGAGGUUACUGUUCGCACGUAUGCAAAAGCUGGCAUAGACAUUAUCGCUGUUGAGGCCAAGCGACGGACAAGAAGGCGAGCGAGGGAGGAAAGGCGCAAAGCCAGAGCUGCCAAAUCGAUCAAUACGAAGUCUCUACCGUCAUCGCACGACCAUGCUAUCGAGCCCCCCAGCAAUACCGAUGUGGAUAUUGAAACAGACGCGGUCGAGCAUCAAACCAAGCACCAGAAGAGAAAGCGUCGAACAGAGGACGAGGAAGCCGAAGACUCAACACAUGACACCCAGCCUCGCCGCAAGGUCGCCAAACCCAGCGACACGACCAUCGCUCGACCAAAGCGUCAAAUCCGCCCAUCGUUCAAGCCUCAAACUUCAUACAGUCCUCCACAAACCCCUUCACCCACCGAAAGAGAAUAUACACAAAGACAAGCUGUGCCGUCAUCUCCCGAGUCUCCUAUCGCACAACAACCAACACCUGAGGUUGACAACUCUUCACGCUACUUGAGCCAGGACUCGCCAACUGCAGGAGAGGAUUUGUCAGCAGGAUGA